ACUUCAAGAACUUCAUCGUUCACUCUUAUAAAAUGAUUAAGGUUAAUUGAGAUUCGAGGCCAAAAUCGUAGGCCACUUGCAAGGCUAAUGAGUUACCUGCAUUUCUUAUUGGUGCAUAACUCUCUCUCUCUGGGACUCUUUAGUGCAAACACCCUUGUAUCAUUGUGUUUAGCCUCAAGUGAAGUUCCUGUGUGGUUCAACAGUCAAGGCUCGGGGUCUUCAUUAGAAGUGCAGCUACCUCCUUAUUGGUUGAAUUACGGAUGGGGAGGAUUCUUUUUAUCUGGAGUUUUUAGAUUCCAUCAUGAUCAGCCUCCUUCAGUGGAUAGUUGUACUGUUGCCUGUGACUUGCAUGCAUACAAUUUGCCGUCGGAACAAAGUUUGUUUCUAGGUCGCUCUACGAUGGAAAUCGCUCAAUAUUUAUGCAUCACUUCUGAUCAACUUUGGGUUAGCUUUGUGCCUCCUAGCUCCAUAACUUGUCUAGAUCAGUUGGAAGGGUGUAAUCAACUUAAGGCGUCAUUUUCUUCUGACCAGUUAGAGGUGAAGCAUUGUGGACUUCGUCUAAUGUAUUAUGAGGAUGAAUUAUGUAAGGAAUUCAUGUUGUGCGAUGAGCCUUUUGAGAAUUUGGGUCUCCCAGGAAUAACUAUUGCAGAGGUACGUUUAAAUAGCUUUUUUAAAAGCGCAUUGGCUUUUCGUGCCAGGAAACAAGCGCAUUGGCUUUAAUGACUUAUCAUCAGUCUUUAUACAUUUUGCUUUGUAGAUAUUUGCAUUUGUUUACCUAUGUUGACAAAUAUAGGUAAUUAUAUUCUUUAUAAUUCUUUCCUUUGGUCACAUUUUCAUUACGUAGUAUGUUUGGUUAUUGAGAUUUCAUAGCAAAAUUCGACGAGAGAUAAAAAUAGAAAAAUUAAGUCAGUAAAAUACACAAUAAUUGUUUUUCUUUAUAGUUAUUCAAUUAGAAAAAUGAUUGUGUGCACACACU